AUGCCGCUUCAUGUCUUCGACCUCCCACAACUUUACACAAAACCAACGGCAACCGAUAUCCUGCAAGCUUUAGAACGACUGGCUGUUAAGCCACGCAGCUUCGGCAACAACGAUGGCAACGCUCAACUAACGAUCCUCCAAACCGGAAUUUCGCGGUACCUAACGUCCAUCAUCGCCAGCGCAUUAUCAUGGAUUGACUCCGACGAGCUCCGUGAAUCCAUCUGGGACGCCGCCAGCGCUCGCCUCUGUGAACGCUCAGGAAGGGCUGCUAUGCCAACCAUCUCCCGCGUCUUCACCAUCCCCAUGACCCAACAAACAAACUUUCAGCUAACUCUCCACGAGCCCUCCCUCACAUCUGAUAACUUGGGCAUGAAAACUUGGGUCUCCUCCUACCUGCUCGCCAAACGCCUCCAUUCCUUCCUCACAGUACCUCAUUCAAUCGUCCCAUCGAGAUCUAAGAUCGACCGCCGCCUCCGCGCUCUCGAGCUGGGCUCUGGAACGGGAUUGGUCGGACUCUCCUUUGCGGUCCUUUGGGGAUCCGCGGCCUCCAUCCGCCUCACGGAUCUGGACUCCAUCGUACCGAAUCUAGCUCACAACGUUGAAAUAAAUCAAGAGCUGUUGGGAAAGACGGGCGCGAGUGUGUCGACGGGUGUCCUGAACUGGUCUUUGGAAACAGAUGCGCGCCCUGAGCCAGAUGGCGACAAACGAUGCGAUGUUAUUCUCGCUGCAGACCCUCUGUACUCCCCUGAUCACCCGCAGUGGCUUGUGCAGACAAUCCAGCGCUGGCUAUACCCUGAUGCCGGGUCAAGGGUGGUAGUUGAGAUGCCAUUGAGAGAUGCUUACUUGCCGCAAGUUGAAGAAUUUAGGUACCGGAUGGAGGAGGCGGGUUUGGUUGUCUUGAUGGAGGGCGAAGAGAUCGGGUUUGAUGAUUGGGAGGGCAGUGAUGGGACGGCGCUGGAGGUGCGGUGUUGGUGGGCCAUAUGGGGGUGGCGAAACAUUUGCACAAGCACCAUGAUACGUGAUUCUGCGUGA